AAAAGUGCACUUCUGCCACGAGGGAAGCGGCUUGCACGGAAACGAUCGCCCGUUUAACAGCAGCACGUGUGCCUUUUGUUGCGUGUGCGUGCGUGUGCAGCAGCAGCUAAUUGUUGCUCGUUAUCAGUUCGCACUGUGCCUCCCCCCUCCAACCGGUCUCUCCCCAGCGUCACGUCACUGGCUUGUGGAGGUCCAUUGUUCAUCGUGUCUUGCGGCGCCUCGGACGGAACGAUUCAACAGGAAAUUCCGCUACACCAAGGAUAACGAGCGGCACCGUCGGAGCGAAGGGAACCACAAGGACGUCGUCGGCUGAAUCCUUGCGCGGCCGUGGAAGUGAAAAGUUCUCCCUGGACGCGCCUUCUCGCUCGCGCACGAUCGGUGGCCACUAAACAAAAAACAUCUGUUCCGACGGGCGCCCCUCAACCCUUCCCUGUCCAGCGGCUGGUCGGCGCACUUGACACUCCGAGGAAAGAGAAAACCAACCCGACGAGACCACGAUGAGCCGCCUGUUCAGUAGUAGCUCGGUGCUCGGCACGGCCGGAAGCAAAAUGGCAGCGUUCGGCAAGGUGACUCACUGCAUCUUCGACAUGGACGGACUGUUGCUGGACACGGAACCGGUCUACGAGCGGAUCUUGGGCGAUCUGUUGAAGCGGUACAGCACAGCGUACCCGCGGACGACUCGCAUGAAGGUGAUGGGCACGACCGAGCAGCGCACCUGUGAGAUUCUGGUGAACGAUCUGCGGGUACCGUGCUCGGUGGACGAGUUUCUGGCGCAGUUCCGGCGCAAUCAGUUGCUUCACCUCGGCCAGGCACCGCUCUUGCAAGGAGCGGAACGCUUGGUACGGCACCUGCACCAGCACAACAUACCGAUCGCGUUGGCCACCAGCUCGGGCGUGGAUUCGGUCGAGGUGAAGACGAAGAACCACCGCGAGCUGUUCGAGCUGUUCGGCCACAAGGUGAUGGGUUCGUCCGAUCCGGACGUGAAGGAAGGCAAACCGGCGCCCGACAUCUUUCUGGUGGCGGCUUCGCGGUUCGCGGACAGCCCACCGCCCGAUCGCUGCCUGGUGUUCGAGGACGCACCGAACGGUGUGACGGCGGCCAUUGCGGCGGGAAUGCAGACCGUGAUGGUGCCGGACCCGCGCGUCGAGGAGGACCAGCGCAAGCACGCGACGCUCGUGCUGAGCUCGCUAGAAGACUUUAAACCGGAACAGUUUGGCCUGCCGCCCUUCAGCACGUGAUUAGAUCGACGAUCGAGAUCGAGAGCUCGCGCGCCAGCCCGCCGGGACCCGAGCUCGCUGCGCGAGAUGAUCGGAACACCCAGCCUGCAGCACACCCGCCGAGGAUCGUUUGUUUGUUGUUGAAUCGCGAGAAGAGCGUACGCGGCCCAGCCCAGGACACACGGAUUUCGCGACCCGUCCGAUUCCCUCUGUUGUAGUAGUGAUGUUUGAAUGAGCUUCUUCGUAGUUAGUAAAUGGAUGUGUCGAGCAAGUGAGCGUACUUGACGAAGGCCACGCCACAUAUGUUUUACUGGAAACAGAGAGAGCGAGCGAGCGUGCAAGAGAGAUGGAGCGAACAAUGAACGCCUGAAGAGGAAAGAAAAAUCGAUAGAAUAAAACUAAUU